AGGUUAAUAGUCUAUGUACACGUAUUCAACUAUGAUGUCACAAUAAUCAUGACGUAGUAUGUGUGAUUCAUUUCUUCAUCCAAGACCUGGUUUUUCAACCUUUCUCCGAUCGGAUGCUAAUGGGCCAGUUUGUGCUAGAAAAUACCCUAAGCAUGGGGGACUAGUUAAACGACAGAUAAAAUUACCUGAGGAUGGAAAAACAAAUUCUAGUUAUCCUUCUUUUCAUCCAAUCUACACCCCUCUUCUUGACAAUAUCUCCGGAACUAUUUCCUCUGCAAUUGAGCUGAGUCUUACGGGACAACAUAGCAAGACUAGUAGCGGAGGAUUUGCCAAGUUCUAUGAUGACUGCAAUAUCAGCAAACCUCCUCACAAGACCACUCCGAGAUCGAUUUCCCACCAAACAUUUACACGACCCCAAACUGCUCCAGCACGGAUUGCAAAUGGUGCUGAAUUAUCAACAGUACAGAGAGAGAGAGGUCACACCGCUGCUCAGUUGACAGAGGAGCUUAUUCAGCAUCAUACAUCUAAUACUUACGAGACUAAACGGGCGGACGUUACAAUAGAAACCGAGAGCAGUGGAGUAGUAGCUUGGAGGAUCGUUGCAGGUCAAAUGGUACCUAGAAUUUCGGCGGCACUGCCCGAAACUCAAACAGAAAGAGACGCCCUCGAGAUAAAGACGCGGUACACUUCUGUCUCACAUCGGGCUAUGGAGGAAAUACCCUGGAAAAUGAAAACUACUCCUGUUGUGAAGAAACAGUCUAGAGAAACCAGACCAGACAUGGUCAAGCAGCCAGUUCAGAGAUAUGAAUCUAAAUCCUACGCGUGGCAAGCUGUAGGACCUGCCUUUGAUCGGACUUCUCCGCGGAAACACACCUUCUGCUCAAAACCAAUCGCAUACAUCAGCGAUAGUAGACAGUCCCAAAACACUCCUGGAUACACGGGACAAGUACCACUGGUAUCCGGGGAGCUGGGCUUAUCUGAUGGACCUAUUGUCAAGAGGACGGAGGUUAGGAGGGAUCUACCACCAGCCACUGCUGUUUCCAGGAGAGCAAAUAUAAUCGGAUACUCGGGGUACGUCAGACCGGGUACCACCAAACCAGCCCACCACCUGAAACCUGCCUCCACUCAAACACUUACUCACAGAGAGAUACCUGCGAGUGCGGGGUGCCAGGGAGAGAUGUACCCUAGAGUGAACCCCGUUUCUAAUCUGGUCACUCUGACUCAUCCUUACAAUCCGUACAACAGUAUCAACCCAACCAUCCGACAACGUGCUUAGACGCAAGAACUCUCUGAGACGUAGGCUGUAUGUUUUGAAUAUGCACCUGUGACCUGACUUCAUUCUCCAGACAAUUCUUUACUUCUAGCAUAUAGUUAAAUUAUUCCAUAUCCUAUCACAGUGCUGGCAAGCACGACCGGUGAAUUUAUUGUGGGUAUACUAU